GUCCAGCGGAGCGAGGGAAAACAAUCAUCGAUCCGCUCUCGGAACCCGAUUGUUUCUCGGAUGGAGUUUUGAAAUCGCGAAUGAACAAGAUCACCGAGCUAAUUGACCGUGUCAUUUGUUUUUUUUCCUUUUAAUAUGCACACGUCCGUCAAAGACGUAAAGAAGUUUUAACACGCACGGGGCACAGUGCAGGAGUAAUGGCAACUAUGGGCGAGUCCCUUACUCUGGCAAGAGAUGUCAAGAGAUCGAUAGAAUUGUUGGAUAAACUUCAAAAAGGAGGUGAGGUUCCCACGACAAAACUAGCAGCUUUGCAAAAAGUGUUACAAAGUGAUUUUCUCAGUGCUGUGAGGGAAGUGUACGAGCAUGUGUACGAAACUGUUGAUAUUCAGGGAUCGCAGGACAUCCGCGCGUCCGCGACAGCGAAGGCGACCGUUGCCGCUUUUGCGGCCAGUGAGGGUCACGCGCAUCCACGUGUAGUCGAAUUACCGAAAACGGAGGAAGGACUUGGUUUUAACGUAAUGGGAGGUAAAGAACAAAAUUCGCCGAUUUACAUAUCCCGCAUUAUCCCCGGCGGUGUCGCUGACAGACACGGAGGUCUGAAACGCGGAGAUCAACUUCUGUCCGUUAACGGAGUGUGCGUGGAGGGUGAGAAUCACGAAAAAGCGGUGGAAUUGCUGAAGCAGGCUCAGAAUUCCGUAAAAUUGGUGGUGCGUUACACUCCGCGCGUUCUGGAAGAAAUGGAGCUACGGUUUGACAAACAGAGAGCCGCACGCAGACGUCAACAUAUGCAAUAAACCAUCAAAUGCUCGCAAAAUGUUUGAUUUGCGCGUUCAUUGAGAAAAUACAAAAUUAUUUACUAUGAUAUCUAUAUACAUAUUUCAUGACUAUUUGCGCUCAUAUUUGUGUGUAUA